CUCAACCUCUUGAGCUUCGUUCCAAUUUUGUUUUGGAUUGCGAAAAAAUGGGCUCCCAAGAAAACAAAUUUAGUAGCGAUUAUCUGAUACUGAAGCCGGAGGAAGCAACCCUGCUCCAUCUGUUUCUCUUCACACUUCCUUUUGGUUACAGAAAGCUGAGGAAUUUGGUGGAUUGCCCCGUCGCCAAAGAAAACUCUUACACAACCUUUGGAAACCGAUGGGUUAUCUUCAUCUCCAUUUUGUUGCAGAAAUUCCUUCUCGCCAUCGCCAAUCUGAUCAAAUACUGCAAGUCGAUGCGAGGAAAGUUCCAUAAAACUUGCGCCGCACCCAAAGUGAACUGUAAAGAGUGGAAAAUAAUAGGUAUGGAGAAGAACAUAAAAUUAGCCGACGAUGACACUUUCAAAUAUUAUGGCGCUCUCACAGUUAUGGCUUCGAAUUUGGCUUACCAAGACUAUAAUUCACCUGAACCCUCUGUGGUACAGACCGUCGUCAAUGGCUGCUGGAAGAUGAAUCUACUUGGAUGCUACGAUUUUUGGAAUGACUUUCAGAACAAGGCUACGACUCAAGUAUUUAUGUUUCAGAAUACCGCCACAGACCCAAACGUAACAGUGGUGGCAUUUAGAGGUAGCUCUGAAAUAUAUGAUUGGAUGGUAGAUUUGAACUUGUCCUGGUACAACAUUGAAGGCAUCGGCAAAAUCCACGGCGGCUUCAUGCAAGCCCUCGGCCUCCAAAAGGGCACAGGCUGGCCCAAGGAACUCGCCAACCCUGAUCACGAUUUCGCAUAUUACACCCUUCGCCAACAACUUAGAGACAUCGUCAAAUCCAACGACAAUGCGAGGUUCAUCUUCACCGGCCACAGCUUGGGCGGAGCCCUCGCCGUCCUCUUUGCCACGCUCCUUGCCUUCCACGACGACGCCACUUUGCUAGAGAAGCUGCAGGCUGUUUACACCUUUGGCCAGCCCAGAGUUGGCGACCGCCGGUUUGCUCAGUUUAUGGAGAACACUAUCGAAAAAUAUGGAUUCAAAUAUUAUAGAUACGUUUACUCUAGUGACUUGGUGCCAAGAGUUCCUUUUGAUUUCAAUGAUAAUUUAUGGUAUGAACACUUUGGCGGAUGCGUUUACUUCAACUGCAGCUACAAUGGGAAGUUUUUGGAGGUGCAGCCAAACAAGAACUACUUCUCACCGAUUUGGCUGAUAAGCAAAUACGUGUCCGCUUGGUGGGAGCUCAUAAGAAGUUUAAUGAUCCCAGUCAUCAAGUGUUCAAGUGAUUACUUGGAGGGUUUUUCGAAUUUACUGUUAAGGUUGUUUGGGUUGCUCUUUCCAGGAGCAUCAGCUCACAUGUGUCUGAAUUAUAUCAAUUCCAUCCGUUGGGGAAAAUGCAACCAUGAAAAGACCCUAAUUCCUGCAGCUGAGCACCAGAAUGUGGAGAAGAUGAACAUCUCAAAUAUAUAAUAUAUUAUCUGUAAUGUGUGCUUUUAUUUUCCUCCAUCUUGCUUUGCCUAAAGUGUUCUGUAUAUUUUAAUAUGUAAUAAGGUGUGUUUGGGAAGAUUCCGAUUGUAAAUAUAUGGGAUGGGUAGAAAUUUGGGUUUGUAGCCCGUGGGAAUUAGCAUAUUCGUUGUGAAUUUGAAAUUAUAAACAAACUUAAUUAUGUAUCAACUGGCCAAAUUUGGUUUACACAAGUCAA